GAAAGCUUGGCAUAGAACGAGUCAGAAUUCUUCCCGAAUAAGCUGGUAAAUAGUUAAAUUUGUGGCAGAGUGCUUCAAUCUUGCAAGAAUGGUGAAACCCAAAUAAUGUUCUCACCUCACCUCUACAUAUACCUCUUGCACAAGAAAACAGAAACCAAAAAAUCAUGAACACUUUCUCAACAUCCCACCUUGUUCUUCUUCUCAUCAGCUUAUUUCCGUACCAGAUUUUCUGUACAGAUCUUUCACGACUCAAAGGCAUUGAUCUCAUCACCAAAGCAUGUCAACAGACAAAGUUCAGGACUCUCUGCAUAGCUGCUCUCACAUCAGACAUUGAGAGCAAAUCCACCAAAGAUCUGCAAGGCCUUGCAAAAAUUUCUCUCAAGAUUGCCCUCAGCAAUGCCAGUGAAACACACCACUACAUCUCAGAAUUGGUGAGCAGAACAAAGGAUAAACACACGCAAAAAUGUCUGCACGAUUGCUCCAAAAACUACAAGCAAGCUGCUCAGCAGAUUGAAGACUCCAUGAAGGCUUUGAAUUCUAAAGGCUAUGAAAAUGUCAAGACUUGGGUGAGUGGUGCCAUGAGCAAUGCUGAGUCUUGUCAAGAUGGGUUCCAUUCAAAAAAUGGUUACAAAUGCCCAAUUAGUAUGAUGAAUAAGUUUUUCAGUCAGCUCUGUAGCAUCUCUUUAUCCAUUACAAAUCUAUUUGAUUAAUGUUUUGAUUGAAAACUUAA